AUGGCGGAGAUCGUUCACAUCCGCAAACCAGCAAUCAACAUGGUGGUCACCCGCAUGCAAGACAUCUUCACCAAGGAAGGCUUCCAGUGUGACUCCGAUGGUGUCCGCCGUUUAUGUGAAGCUACAUGGGGUGUAAGCACCAAAAAAGAAGGCAGCACUGGUAGUGGUACAGGUGAGGGCGACAUCCGAGGAGUGAUGGUAGUCAGCGAAUGGGUAGCAAGUCGGUUGCGGUCCGCCCACAACCCCAAGUCUCAAGAUCGUCCUCACCUAACGCGAAAAUGGGUAGAAGAUAAUUUCAUCAACGAUCUACGUCAUGGCGGCGGAGCGGCACGCAGUCUAGGUCGCGGCGGCGCAAAAGACGUCGUCGACCGUGUCUUCCGUGAAGGCGCUGGAUUUCCUAAAGAAGCCGAAACAACAGACCCAUACACCGCAGCCUCCCGCGCAAAGAGCGGCGUUGUUGGUGUUGCGGAGGCAUCGAAGCGCCGCGCUAUGGAUCGUCUUAGGGAGAUGGUUGACACAAGCGGUGACUGUGACCGUAUCGUGACGGACUGCUUCACUGCGUAUCCUGACAAGCCUUACCAAGACGACACACUCCUGAGCAAACCCUCUGCGGCCUACGAAUGGCUGCAUUUCCAUGACACCCUCAAUUCCGCUGUCCACGGAAGUCAAGAAUGGGAGCUCUUCCCCUAUCUCUCAAACUCGGUGCUAGCGUUUCACUCCCUCUUCGCCUCACCAGCACGCUCUUCGAAUCCCGUUAUCGACCCAGAAGCACAACCCACACCCUUCUCUGGACCUGGCGCAAGCUUUGCAGCAAUGGAGCAAACCAAGGCGUCAAGGGCACAGCUCAUGGCGCUACAAACCAAUCUCAGCGUACCAUUGACACGGAUGUUUCGUAGUCCCGAGGAAAUGGCCAAGGAGCUCAUUCCCUACGUUAUCCGGAUGCUCUCACCAGAUGUAAAGCCUGUGCUAGUCAACACAGGUGCCACUGGUUCGAAAUCCUUCGCCACGGCUUCAGUACGCAAGGCGUCAGAGAAGGAACUUGUGAAAAAGGCAGUAGAGGCUAUGGCUGCAACGGGCGUGCGGUUUGAGAAGAGUCGAAUCGAGAUUGAGGACGUAGUGAACAGGAACGCGGGGUUUGUGUGGAGGAUGGAACCUGCUCUGGAUGUGCUCGCUUCCUUUGAAACCUUGUCUAUCAAAAGAGACGAUAAGGCGCGAUAUGCAGUCCGUAGCGUAUUGGAGCAGGAGUGGCGUAAAGAGUCUGCAUUACGCGAGAUGGCGAAUCGGAAACGUCGUGGUGGACAGGACGACGAUGAGCAUUUGUCUUCUUCCGCACAGACAGAAGUCAAGACAACGGAACAGAAAGCCGCAGAAGCUAAUAACAAGAUGGGGAAACGCGAUUUCUUCGGCAGAAUCAUCGUAGAGACGGAGAAGUCGAGGAAGGAAGACAAGAGAAAACAGGACAGUGGGGAAAUGCACGGCGAUGUGGGGAGGAUAUGGGUAACCAUUGAACAUCCAGAUUCUCCCCUUCAUAAAAUUCGGCCCUUCAUUCCUUCAUCAAUAACCAAUUUUAGCAUAAUGAAGAAGAUCAAUUCCCUCAAAAACAUACAUGCCCUUAACAAGCGUGGCCAGAGCCCUGUUCGCUUCCAAAGCCCUCUUGGUCCGUCAGAGCAUUCAUCUCUUCGGCGCUCGCAGUCUAGUACCAGUACGAACACUGUGUCGCUGACUAAAGCUGCGAUGAUCAAUCAGAGUACGCAAACUGAAAAAGUGUCCAAGACCAGUACGGAGUACGAGAAAUUUGGACCGGUGCCUCACCAUGAUGAAUUGCAUGCCGGCCCAUACGGCGUUGAGACUCCACCAGAUUGGGACUUUAUUGUUAAGGUGACGGAGGUCACAGUGACUGCGUCAGUGACUGAGAAGGCAGAGGCGGAGGCAGUGAAGAAGAAAGAAUAA